UGGAACACUUACAGACCUGAACAUUGUAAUAAUAGGAACUACUGGUCAAGGGAAGAGUGAAACUGGUAACACCAUCCUGGGAGACAAUGCAUUUGAUGCACAUGCAUGUAGUGAGACUGUUACAAAGUUAUGUCAAGAAAAAUAUUCAUUUUAUGGAGCCAGGAGAAUCACAGUCCUUGACACGCCUCAUGUAAAUCCAAACAAGCAGGGAAAUUUGCGAAAAGAGAUUGAGGACUUCUACAAAUUACAUCGGCCUAAUGCAAUUUUGGUAGUUUUGCGCUGGAACACGCGCUUCACUCAAGAACAAGAGGAAAUCUUUGCCAUUAUGGAUGAAGUGUCCUCCAAAGGGGAAUUGUCAAAUCACACUGUACUGGUAUUUACACAUGGAGAUACAUUUCAUCCUGAAAUUCAAUCACAUGAUGCAAAGAUACAGAAGUUCAAGGAACACAUGAUGUCAGAGGAAGGCAUCAUUAAAAGGUUAUUGGAAAAGGUUGGUGGUCGCUUCAUCCUUGUCAACAACAUGGAAAUCUCCAAGCUGAAAAGACUGAGAGAAGCUGCAUUCAUUAUUGAGCAGAUUGAUAAUCUUAUGGUAAAGGCAACAAAUGUAACAGUUCAAGAUGAACCAACCAUAUCACAGGUUCCGGGCAGGAGCCGCUUGUCAUUGCUUGGAUAUUGUAUUCCUGGAUUUCCGGCUUGUUUUCCUCAAAAUGCUGAAGUGGUUUCUCACACCAACGGCUCCAUUCUUAUGAAAGACAUUCAAAUUGGAGAACAACUCAUGUCAGUAUCGUCUAAUGGUGAAAUCACAUACAGCCCUGUUUUCUUGUUUGGUCAUGCUAAUUCAAAUGUCACCAGCGAGUUCAUCAACAUCAUCACCCGACAAGUUUCUAUCAAGCUUUCUCCAGACCAUCAUAUCUACACUAAGUAUGACAACCAGAUUGUAACUGUUCCUUCUAGACAGAUCACCAGAGGAAAUGUCAUCUUCAGACUCGACAGCAAUAAUAAUAGAUUAGUAGAAGAUGAAGUGACAGAUAUUUGUUUCUGCAUUGAAAAAGGCCUGUAUGCCCCCUUCACUAUGUCUGGUACACUAGUUGUUGAGGGUGUGCUGGCCUCCUGCUAUGUAGAUUGUGUUCCACCCAACUGGGCUCAUCCACUGCUGUGGCCAGUCCGUCUAAUGUACAGAAUGUCUCCCUCUUUCCUUGCCUGGAUUUCCAAGCCUCAGACGGAUGGAAUACCAAACUGGAUACACUGGAUCAUGGAAACAUUGAUCAAGAAAAAACUGCAUUGAGUCUUACAGCUUUCACUUUCACCAUGAUCGUUUCUGCAGUUCAGGGUGCCGUUGUACAAAGUGAUCUUACCACUAAGGUGAUCGUAACUCCUAUACCUUAACAUAGACUUAUGACAGUCGUAGCGCUAAGUUUGCUUUGAACAACGGAACUGAGAUUUCCACUCGUCUGUUUGAGUGCAUUUUACAGUUGCACAGUGAAAACAAUACUAUACCAGUGCACAACUUUAAGUAAUAUUCACAAUGUUUUUCCUGAAAAUAUACCUGCCUAAGAAUCAUGCUGAAAUUUGUUAAAACAUGACUAAUUACUUAUAAGCUAUAUUUUAGCUCAACUAUCAAUGUAUACCGUCUAUGGUGUGGUCUCGCUUUCUGUUUUAGCCAGCAAAAGUAAUUUGAAUUGAGCUUUUAAAUAAAAAAGUGAAUAACAAAAACAUUCUUUACUUGCUGUUAUCACACUUAAAUGAUUUCAAUGAAACUAUUCUAAAAUGUCUUGCAGAACCUACCCAUGAUAGUGAGAAGGAAAAAAAACCCAUAUUUUUCAAGUAUUUAUACUAAGCAAAUAUUCCAGAUGAUUUUACUGCUUCAAAUUUCAGUUUCCAACCAAUCAGACUGCAGCCCACACUCUCAUUUAUUUUACAAUGUGUUACAUUGUGAAUCUAACAUUGCUUAGGUUGGAGCCAUUGUUUAACUUUGUAUAUAUUACAUUUAUUUGUUGCUUAAACAGGUUGAAGAGUUGUAGUAUAGAUAACCAGUUUAUUGAUGACUUUUGCAUAUCACUUUCUGCAUAUAUGAUUAUAUGUGCUAAAGAAAUAUCAAUGUAAAUAACAAGCCUAUUUUGUUGAAAUUCUUGUGACAUUGUUACACAUGUGUUGAUGAUGAUGCAAGUUGACCAGAAGGAAGGAUUUCCUUGAUGACUUGUGUUCCAUUUCGUGUAAAACAUUUUGUGUAAAACAUAAGUUAAGGAAAUGUCCAUGUAAACAACAAGCCUAUUUUAAUGAAAUUCUUGUGACAUUGUUACACAUGUGUUGAUGAUGAUGCAAGUUGACCAGAAGGAAGGAUUUCCUUGAUGACUUGUGUUCCAUUUUGUGUAAAAC